CAGCUGACGAAGCAGCACGACGAAGCGAAGAAGAAAUACUUCGUGCGUAUGGAAUAGAAAAUUGGAAAAAGGCAACUGCACAGUGAAAAAUGUGGAAAAAUGUGGUUUUUUGGAUAAAUAAUUGUGGAGCAAGGUAUUGCCACAGCUCAACAAAACAAAACAAAAGACGAUAAUUACGAAUUGGAACGCACAAAAUAGAAUAUGAAAUUGCUGCCAAAAACUCGGUGUGUAGAUUCGUCGUCGUUGUUGCUGUCGCAUUCGAAUUUCAUAUAUUGAGCAGCGAGAGAAAGAAGCCAAGAGCAAGCAAUAAGUAACAACAAGCAGAUGACAGAUGCAAAACUAAAUUCUACGUGCAAAUUUGUGAAAUUCAUUGAGGAUUGAGAUAACAAAACGAAUGCAGAGACGUUGCUGCAAAUUAUUCUAAUUAUACAACAGGGCCCAACUGUGUUCCCCGUCAAAGAACGAAACUGGUUAUACACACAGCGACGACGACGACGACAACCACGACAACGACGACGGCGACGACGACGAAGGAACGGGAGCAGCAGCAGCAGCAGCAGCGAAAGGCAGUUCGACGCAGCAGAGCAGAGUGAGGGUAAUGGAAAAAAUCAAACAAAAGGUAAUUGGAGUGCUGCGCGAGCGCGACGGUGGCACGAAUGUGAAUCGCAGCAGUAGCAAUGGCAUCGCAGUCGGCGGUGGCGUUGGCGGUGGCUCUGCAGUUGCUGUUGGCAGUCAUCAGGUGGGCGUGGGCGUGGCCGUUGCAAUCGGGGUCACGCAGGACAAUGCCAAUGACGGUGCUGCUGCUGCUGCCGGUGGCGCUGGCAUCGCCGGCGCUGCUGUCGGCGUCGGUGGCAGCGGCGUUGCGAGCGGUGCAGCCCGCACUUCAGUUCUUUCGCGGCCGCAAACAUCGAAGAUCAGUGCACUCGACUUGGCUGGCAUAUUGAACACGCGACGACGACUCGAGUGGACCAAGGAGUGGCUGCGAAAGAAUCAAUCGGAGUUCCUCAGCAAGGAGAAUCUGCUGAGCGAGCUGCAGUCACGCAAGGAUGAGUGCUAUCAUUUGAAUUACUUCCUAGCCAUAACCGAGAGCCAGUUUCGGUAUCUGGUGCAGAAACUGGAUCCCAUCAUCAGUCAGUAUGCGCCGCAGCGUAAAAAGAAAUCCUUUAGCGCCGAGGAGCGACUGGCCAUAACGCUCAAGUAUUUGGCGACGGGUGAAGUGCAUUCUUGUCGAAACUACUGCUUCCGUGCCUCGAAAUUUGUGAUAAACGAAAUGAUUGCCAAUAUCUGUCUGGGCUUCUAUGAGCACCUCAAGGACCAAUACGUGACACUACCAAAGACUGAUGAGCAGUGGCGCAACGCGGCCACGGAUAUGGAGCGCAAACACCAAUUGCCCCAAUGCGUGGGCAAUCUAUUCAUGCGCAGCAUUCAACUCCAGAACAAUGUCAGCAACAACAGCAGCAGCAGCGGCGGCGGUGGCGGAGGUGGAGGUGGAAACAACAGCGACGAACGGAAGCGUGCGAUCAUAUUUACGGCCAUCGUCGAUGCGGACAACAAUUUCCAGUAUGUGAAAGUGGAGCGUGCGGCAAACAGUCGACCCAAUGAUAUCUAUAACCAGACCACUGCCGUUGAACUUAUCGAGCAAAAGAUGCAGGCGCUCGGAGCGCGUCUCGAGGAGCAGUCACACGAUUUGCCCUGCGGCUUGAGCUAUUAUCUGGCCGGUGAUGCGGUGCUGCCAAGCACAUCGUAUUUGGUCAGCACACGCAAUGUGAGCAAGGACAGUGCGGUGUACGAUGCCCUGGAACAGGUGAACGCUCAUGCGGAGCAAACGAUGCGCAUAUUGUGCAAUAUAUUUCCCAUAUUGGCGCAGCCAUUGCGCGUCAGCGAGAAGCACAUUGGUCAGGUGGUGCUCGGCUGUGUGGCGCUGUACAAUUUUCUGCGCAAAACGGACGAUUCGUUUCGACGCAACAGCGACAACAUUGUGCAGCAACGUGGCGGCAUCGAGCAGCCACAGCACGCGUAUGUGGAUAGUGAGGAUAUCGAUGAUGAUUGCAUCAUGCUGGCCACCGAGGAAGAGCUGCGAGAGCGUGCCGAAUUUACGCCUAGCGUUGGCCUCACCACCUGCUUCCAGACGUUAUGCGCACAGCGCGGCGAUACGAGCGAUGGACAGGCGAAGCGAGACUGGCUGCUCAAUCUGCCCGUUUUGGGGGCACAACAACAGCAGCAUGGCAACAGUAACAGCAACAGUAAUAGCAACAGCAUUGGCAGCAGCAACAGCAACAGUAGUAGCAGCAGCAGCAGCAUUGGCAGUGGCAGUGGAAGUGGCAUCGGAAUGGGAUUGGUUGGGAUGGUUGCUAGUGGCAAUGCUGCCACGGCGAACGGGGGCUUAUAUUAGUGCAAUUUUGAUCUAAGUACUUUACGAAUUUUGUAUAGUUCCUUGUUUUCUAUUUUCUAACUCUUAAUCUGUACUCUACUGCAUAAUGUAUCUGUAUCUGUUGGUAUCUUUAUAUAUUCAAAAUUGGCAUUAGCAUCAUCGGUUCUAUGUUGCUAGUCUCCAGAAAACACACAAUCUGUUUUGCAUUAAGUGAGCUGUUCUUUUGCUUCUGUGCUUCUCUUAAGGUUCUGUAAAGUUAGUUUAGGUUUCAUAAUUACAUAUAUACAGAUAUAUAUAUAUAU